ACAUCAAAAGAUUCAGAAAAACUGGAGACAUCUCUGUGUGUAAGGGACAAGGCCGAAGACCUUUGUUGGACGCCCGUGGUCUUCGGGCCCUCAGACGACACUGCAUCACUCAUCGGCAUGAUUCUGUCAUUGACAUUACUAAAUGGGCCCAGGAAUACUUCCAGAAACCUCUGUCGGUAAACACAAUACUCUGUGCCAUGUGCAGAUGCCAAAUAAAGCUCUAUCAUGCAAAAAGGGAGCCAUAUGUGAACAUGGUCCAGAAGCGCUGUCGUGUCCUGUGGGCCAAGGCUCAUUUAAAAUGGACUGUUUCAAAGUGGAAAAGUGUUCUAUGGUCAGACGAGUCCAAAUUUGACAUUCUUGUUGGAAAUCACGGACGCCAUGUACUCCAGACUAAAGAGGAGGGAGACCUUCCAGCGUGUUUUCAGCAUUCAGUUCAAAAUCCAGCAUCUCUGAUGGUAUGGGGGUGCAUAAGUGCAUACAGUAUGGGCAGCUUGCAUGUUUUGGAAGGCACUAUGAAUGCUGAAAGGUAUAUAAAGGUUUUAGAGCAACAUAUGCUCCCCUCGAGACGACGUCUAUUUCAGGGAAGGCCUUGUGUAUUUCAGCAGGACAAUGCAAAACCACAUACUGCAGCUAUUACAACAGCAUGGCUUCGUAGUAGAAGAGUCCAGGUGCUGAAUUGGCCUGCCUGCAGUCCAGAUCUUUCACGUAUAGAGAACAUUUGGUGCAUCAUUAAACGAAAAAUACGUCAAAGACGACCACAAACUCUUCAGCAGCUGAAAACCUAUAUCAGGCAAGAAUGGGACCAAAUUCCAACACCAAAACUCCAGAAACUCCUAACCUCGAUGCCCAGACGUCUUCAAACUGUUUUGAAAAGAAGAGGAGAUGCUACACCAUGGUAUGUUUUUACUGGUAUAUAUACCUUUGAAGCAACAAUCAAAGUUUUGUCUCGAGGCUUCUGCAUCGGACCUUUCACAUUCCUCCGUGAUCCAUGGAACUGGCUUGAUUUCAUGGUGAUCAGCAUGGCGUACAUCACAGAGUUUGUAGACCUUGGUAAUGUGUCGGCACUGAGGACAUUUCGUGUGCUUCGAGCUCUCAAAACAAUCACAGUUAUUCCUGGUUUGAAAACCAUCGUCGGGGCUUUGAUUCAGUCUGUCAAGAAGAUGGUAAAUGUUAUGAUUUUGACUCUUUUUGCACUGGCUGUAUUUGCCCUCAUUGGCCUGCAGCUGUUCAUGGGAAAUCUACGCCACAAGUGCAUCCGUUGGCCCAUUCUCAACAGCACCAUCUUUGAUGACUACAACUACACCAUGGUCAAUGACACCACCCUCAACGUCACAGAUACUUUUGAUUUCAAAGCGUACAUAGACAAUGAAGAAAACCAAUACUUUGUGGAAGGAAGUUUAGAUGCUUUGAUAUGUGGUAACAGCUCUGAUGCUGGGAGGUGCCCAGAAGGUUACACAUGUAUGAAGGCUGGACGAAACCCGAACUAUGGCUACACCAGCUAUGACAACUUUGGCUGGGCGUUUCUCGCCCUCUUCAGACUCAUGACUCAGGACUAUUGGGAGAAUCUCUUUCAGUUGACCCUUCGUGCCGCUGGGAAGACCUACAUGAUCUUUUUUGUGGUGGUCAUAUUCCUGGGCUCUUUCUACCUCAUCAACCUGAUUUUGGCUGUGGUUGCUAUGGCAUACGAUGAGCAGAACGAAGCCACCUUGACUGAAGCUCGUGAGAAAGAAGAGAAGUUUCAAAGAUUACUUGAGCAACUCAGGAACCAAGAGCAAGAGGCAGGCAGUAAAGCAUCUUUGGCCAGCCAGAUGACACAAAGUCGAGGGUCAAACAGGACAGGUUCCCUGCACAGUCUUGGCGGUGAUGAUGUUAUAAAGGACUGUAACGGCCGAAUAGUGCCUCGCCUCGUUGUCAACAGAGCCUCUUUUAACAAAGAGUUAUCAGCUGAAGAAGACCACAAGUCCAUGAGCUCCAAACACAGCAUGCAGUACCUGGACCAGCCCAAACUCUCCAAGAGAACAGCUAGUGCUAUCAGUGUGCUCACUGCAACUAUGGAGGAUUUGGAAGAUGCUCAGAGGACUUGUCCCCCUGGCUGGUAUAAGUUCGCUGAUAUUUUCCUUAAAUGGGACUGCUGCACUUCCUGGAUCAUAUUUAAGAAUUGGGUUCAUUUUGUUGUGAUGGACCCAUUUGUGGAUUUAGGUAUCACCAUCUGCAUUGUGCUCAACACACUUUUCAUGGCCAUGGAGCACUACCCCAUGAGUCCGGAUUUCGAACAUGUUCUCUCAGUGGGAAACUUGGUAUUUACAGGAAUCUUCACAGCUGAAAUGGUGUUCAAGCUCAUUGCUAUGGACCCCUACUACUACUUCCAGGUGGGCUGGAACAUUUUUGACAGUAUCAUUGUCACACUCAGCCUGGUAGAGUUGGGACUGGCCAAUGUUCAAGGAUUGUCCGUUCUCAGGUCCUUCCGUUUGCUACGUGUCUUCAAACUGGCUAAAUCUUGGCCCACCCUUAACAUGUUGAUCAAGAUCAUCGGCAACUCAGUAGGUGCCCUGGGGAACCUAACGCUUGUCCUGGCCAUCAUCGUCUUCAUUUUUGCCGUGGUGGGCAUGCAGCUUUUUGGCAAGAGCUACAAGGACUGCGUUUGUAAGAUUUCUGAGGACUGUGAGCUGCCCCGAUGGCACAUGAACGACUUCUUCCACUCUUUCCUCAUUGUCUUUCGGAUCUUGUGUGGAGAGUGGAUCGAGACCAUGUGGGACUGCAUGGAGGUGGCGGGAGCCAGCAUGUGCCUGAUAGUCUUCAUGAUGGUCAUGGUCAUUGGAAACCUUGUGGUACUGAACCUGUUCCUGGCUCUGCUGCUCAGCUCCUUCAGCGGGGAUAACCUGUCUGGGGGUGAUGAUGAUGGUGAGAUGAACAACCUUCAGAUCGCCAUUGGUCGCAUCACCAGGGGUAUAGAUUGGCUCAAAGCCUUCAUCGCCAGUAUGUUACGCCAGAUUCUAGGAAAGAAACCUCCUGACAAUAAUGAAGGAGGAGGGGGAGGAGACAUAGAACUGUGUGCUAUAAACCAUUUGGAUGAGGGGAAAAUGGCAGAUGGCUUGACCAACUGUUUGCCUCCAACACUGACUGUACCUAUUGCUCGUUUUGAGUCUGAUGUUGAAGAGGAUGAGGACUCCGAUGAAUCUUCUGAUGAGGAGGAUGGAAAGGCCACUCUUAAUGAUGACGACUCUUCAGUUUGUAGCACAGUGGACUACCGGCCUCCAGAACCUGAGCCUGAGCCUAAAGAGGAAGAAGAACCAGAGCCUGAAGAGCCAGAGCCCUGUUUCACAGAGGGUUGUGUUAAGCGAUUUACAUGUUUGAAUGUAGACAUUACAGAAGGAUGGGGGAAGAAGUGGUGGAACCUUCGAAGAACAUGCUUCACUAUCGUUGAGCAUGACUACUUUGAAACCUUCAUCAUCUUUAUGAUCCUCCUUAGUAGUGGAGCACUGGCUUUUGAGGAUAUCAACAUUGAGCGGCGCAGAGUGAUCAAGAUUAUCCUGGAGUAUGCUGAUAAAGUCUUUACAUACAUUUUCAUAGUGGAGAUGUUUCUAAAGUGGGUGGCAUAUGGUUUCAAGACUUACUUCACUAAUGCGUGGUGCUGGCUGGACUUCCUCAUUGUGGAUGUGUCACUAGUCAGUUUAACAGCCAAUUUAUUGGGAUAUUCUGAGCUGGGAGCAAUCAAAUCUCUCAGAACACUUAGGGCUCUUCGACCCCUUCGAGCCCUGUCAAGAUUUGAAGGAAUGAGGGUGGUAGUGAAUGCACUGGUUGGUGCCAUUCCCUCUAUUUUCAAUGUGCUGCUGGUGUGCCUGAUAUUCUGGCUCAUCUUCAGCAUUAUGGGAGUCAAUCUGUUUGCUGGAAAGUUCUACUACUGCAUCAACACCACCACAGAGGAACGCUUCCCCAUGGAUGUGGUCAACAACAAGAGUGACUGUAUGGCCCUGAUGCACACCAAUGAGGCGCACUGGGUCAACGUGAAGGUCAACUAUGACAAUGUGGGACUCGGCUACCUCUCUCUACUGCAAAUUGCCACAUUUAAAGGCUGGAUGGAUAUCAUGUAUGCUGCAGUGGAUUCUCGAGAGGUGGAUGAGCAGCCAUCAUAUGAGAUCAACCUUUACAUGUACCUAUAUUUUGUUAUUUUCAUCAUUUUUGGCUCCUUUUUCACUCUCAACCUCUUCAUUGGUGUCAUCAUUGACAACUUCAAUCAGCAGAAGUCCAAGUUUGGAGGGAAAGACAUUUUCAUGACGGAGGAGCAAAAAAAGUACUACAAUGCCAUGAAGAAGUUGGGUUCAAAAAAACCUGCAAAACCUAUCCCUAGGCCAUCGAACAAGAUCCAGGGUGUGGUGUUUGACUUCAUAACAAAACAGUUCUUUGACAUCUUUAUCAUGGUGCUAAUCUGCCUCAAUAUGGUGACCAUGAUGAUAGAGACAGAUGACCAGAGUGCUGAGAAAGAAGAUAUCCUGUACCAGAUCAAUUUGUUCUUCAUCGUCAUCUUCACAGGAGAAUGCAUACUUAAGAUGUUUGCGCUCAGACAUUACUUUUUCACUAUCGGCUGGAACGUCUUUGAUUUUGUUGUGGUCAUCCUUUCUGUAGCAGGUCUGAUGUUAUCAGACAUCAUUGAGAAGUACUUUGUGUCUCCCACCUUGUUCCGUGUCAUCCGGCUCGCCAGAAUCGGCCGUGUGCUACGUCUCAUCAAAGGAGCAAAAGGCAUUAGGACUCUUUUGUUUGCCUUGAUGAUGUCACUUCCUGCCCUCUUCAACAUCGGACUGCUUCUGUUCCUCAUUAUGUUCAUCUUCUCCAUCUUUGCCAUGUCUAACUUUGCCUAUGUAAAAAAGCAGGCAGGCAUCGACGAUAUCUUCAACUUUGAAACAUUUGGCGGCAGCAUCAUCUGCCUGUUUGAGAUCACAACCUCGGCAGGCUGGGAUGGGCUUCUGCUACCUAUUCUGAACAGCGGCCCUCCAGACUGUGACCCUGACAUAGAGAACCCUGGUACAGACGUUCGGGGUAACUGCGGGAAUCCUGGCAUGGGUAUCAUGUUUUUCUGCAGUUACAUCAUCAUGUCGUUCCUGGUGGUCGUGAAUAUGUACAUUGCUAUCAUUCUUGAGAACUUCAACGUUGCUCAAGAGGAGAGUGGAGACCCGCUCUGUGAGGAUGACUUUGAGAUGUUCGACGAGACAUGGGAAAAGUUUGACGUUGAUGGUACACAGUUCAUAGAGUACAGCCGCUUGUUUGACUUUGUCGAUGCCUUGCAGGAGCCUUUACGAAUUGCCAAACCCAACCGCCUCAAACUAAUCACCAUGGAUCUACCCAUUGUAACCGGCGACAAAAUCCACUGUCUGGAUAUUCUUUUGGCAGUUACCCGUGAGGUUCUUGGUGACACGAUUGAGAUGGCUGCCAUGGAGGAGAGCAUUGAAGCCAAGUUCACAAUGAACAAUCCCACAUCUGCCUCCUUCGAGCCAAUCACCACCACUCUCAGGAGGAAAGAGGAAGAGCGCGCAGCUAUUGCGGUUCAACGAACAUACCGUAGACAUCUCCUCAAACGUGCUAUCCGGUAUGCAUGCUUCAUGCAUCGGUCAAAGAGGAAAGUCAGGAGUCAAAACGAUGAAGAACCUCCUGAAACCGAAGGGUUAAUUGCAAGGAAAAUGGAUGCCCUGUAUGGCAGCAAUCCAGAACUUGCCAUGGCUCUUGAGCUGCAGGCUAGGCCGAUGCCACCUAAUGAACAGCCGCCCAAGCCCACCUCGGUCACGCAGCACAGAGUAUCAGUAACCUACCCUCGACCACAGGGACAACUCAUACUUCCAGUGGAGCUCACAAGUGAGGUGAUCCUCCGGUCUGCACCCACGACGCAUGACCUCUGCAGUUUAGAGAAUGCAACAAUAAAAGAGUCAAUAGUAUAACUGGUGGACAAUGCCUGUGGACUGAGAUAAUCCUUGUGAUGUAAAAUGGAGCAUCACCUGCACGCACUGAACAGCGUAUGCUCCAAAAACAAGACGGCUUAAAGGAUUACACAGGACUGCUACAGUGUGACAGCAUUGGAAUGCUAUUUCUUGGGAGUACUGUUUUUUUAUUAUUUAAACUUUUGUAAAGACCUGUUUCAUUUAGGAUUCAUUUUAUUUGAUCCCAAUUAGAAAUUUCCCAGUAUAUUUGUCAUAACUUAGCCAGGUUAUUUUGCCCUUAAACGUAAAUAUAUGUUUGCGGUUUUUUUUCCUGUUAUAGUGCCACAAAGUGGCUAAGUGCUGCAAUUUUUUCACAUGACCUCAGACUGAACCCAUACACAAAUGUGCCAAGUUUGGUGAAAAUAUCUCAUUCCAUUCAAGAGUUACAGCCAUUUAAGUGAAAGUGGCCACAGCCACUUUGAAAUUUUGCCGCCGUUGCAGUGAUGAAUUUUGAGUUCAGCCUUUUGGAAAUAAUUAAUAAUAUUUAGUAUCUUUGUGCACUUGUUUGGUUCCUUUCGGGUGAAAAAUCUGGGACUAGUUCGCAAAAGUGUGUUUUGCAAAAAAAGAAAACAUUUUCAUGGUGAAAAAGAAAUCACAAUUUUAAUGUAGCUGUUUCGUCCCCUGCAUGCUAGCACCCAGUAAUUCUACUAUAUGUGACUACGGAAUGUGGUGACAAUGGUACAUUUCUUUGGAUUGUUUAAAGCACAGUUUUUUUUCAACAAGCUCCCAUUUUACAGGUUCAUCAUAGUUUUUACCUUGUCCUAAAUCAUCUUUUUGAAUACUUGUUACAAGAUGUAUCAUUAUUUAUAUCUCCCGCACACUUAAUAAUUCAAUAAUGAUCAAAGAAUUCACUACAGUACUUGUUAAACACUUAUAAUUUUUAAAAACUACUGAAUUAUAAAAUCUGAUAUGUUACUUACAGUAUAAUGUUUAGCUGCACAGAUCUCAGAACUAUUAGGAACGAGAACUGCUGGUGCUGACCAUCAUUCUAACAUGUCUGUCCAGAGUCUGUUUAGUCUACUGAACUAUUUAUAUUCUCAGUUCAUGGAUUACCAGUUUACAGCAGAAUGGUGGAACGAGUAGACCAGAAACUGAUCCUUUUCAGUGGGGUGUACAGAGUCACUUUGAGCGGAAUGUGCCACUAUGAAAAACAUAUACAGUGCAGUUGUAGUCCCCAGUGACUAUACUAUACAAUACAUUUUUAACAAAUAUUCUGUAAUUGAUAUAACUUGAAGCAUUGAAAGCAUGUAGCAAUUCCUUUUAAUGCCCUGGUAGUCAAAACAGCUAGAUUUUCACUUGAGAUUAUUUAAAGGUGCUGUAUGUAGGAUUGACACCGAGUGGUUGAACUAGGUAUUGCAGUCCAAAUUCAAAAUAUUGGAGACGGUUAUUUUCACCCGGCCCCUCCUCCUCAGACUUGACGCACACGCAGGUUGCCAGAUUAACGACAUCAACAGGAACGAGCGCACAUGACGAUGAAUACAAUUAAAUACGCUGUGUUUUCCACGAACUGGCAACCCGCGGUGCCGAAAUACAAUUGGGUAAACUGUCAGUGGGCGGGUUUCACAAACCAUAACAAACACAGACAUUCUGGGCCGGAAUACACAUUUUCAAAGGAGAAUAACUGACUGUAGCAUUGUUUUUCAGAUAAACAAGCAUGUUAAGUUAGCAUGUUUCUUAAAUAUCUGCAAACGUAUUAUGGUAUUUUUAUGCUUUAGUAGAGUCAAAAUCCUACAUACAGCACCUUUAAAGGUGGGGUAAGUGAUUUCUGGUAGCCAAUGCUGAUAUUUGAAAUCACCAAAACAAACACGUCCCUACCCCAAAAGGGUCUCGCCCCUAUUUUGAUAGCUCCGCCCCACACAUACGUACGGCAACAAUUAGCUCUGUGAAACAAAGCAAAACCAAUGUUACGAAAAAAUGAAGAAACAAAGCAACCUCGGCACCCGAUCGCAGGCCUUACCACUCCUUGAGUUCUCUCCAGCGCUGAAAGCUGAUCCGAUAUUUACACGGGUCCUUCUUCUAGCCUUAUCGUAACACCGUGUCUACACCAGACGCGAGCGGCGUGGUGCAACAAAAUACUGUAGAACUCAUUAUAAUCAGUGAUGUUGCCUACACUGGAUGUAGCGCGCCGCAACACGACAAAUCCCCGACAGUAAACUGCUGCUGCGUUCAAUUUAUGACGUAUUGACAGUCCUUUCAUGUCCGGUGUAGACACGGUGUAAACCUUCUUUUGUUCCGCAGACGUUUUCCUCUUUUGUUUUUUUAUCUGCCAUCUCUAUCUUUCUGUCAUCGCUCGACUCAGCUAAUGUCCGUCUUGUGCACUGAUGAGCGCUCUCUCCUCGCAUCAUGAGUAGACACGCCCCUUACUGCUGAUUGGCUACGAGUUUGUUUUGGUACUGGCCCGACUCAGUUUUCUAAAAUGUUUUUGAAAAAAUGCAUACCCCUUUAACUAAUAUGCUGAAAAUCUACCAAGCCUGUAAAGUAAAUGUGGUUUUCAUGUUUUAUUCAGAAAUUAAGUAAACCUAGUUAGAAUAAUCCCAUCCAUUUAACUGUAUUUGACACACAGCCAGCACAGCGCUAAUAAGCUCGAUGUGAACUGAGCAUCAUAGUGUCCAUUAUAAUAAAUUGAUGAAUAAUUUGUGAAAAUUAGAGUACCCCUGAUAACUCUGUUGCAAAGUUGCAUCAGAUAAUUUUUCUUUGUCCAGGCAAAGGCAUUACCCUGCAACUGCUUUAUAACUGAUUCCCUUCUUUACAAAAAGAGCCUGAAGUGACCAGUAGAUGCCACACAUGAUUCUUACCUAAUUUAUAUCUAGCUGAAAUUUGUUACUGGAGAUAUGGUUGUGAUGUUUACACCUUCCUUUGAAUUCCUUUCAUUAAAUUUAAAAUUUAAAAUUUGCCAUUUUAAAACAUUAUCAAGUUAAUAAUCCCCAAAGUAUAUUCAGUGUUUUACUACCUGUGAGUCAUCAUAGCUAGAAGUUGUAUGUAUUAGAGACAUUUAAUGAUGGAGUUCCUCUGAAGUCUUAAUGUGACUGCAAAUGUCUUAUUUCUUAAAACUCAUAAAUGAAGCACUUUGAGAUAUUUAUAUUUACCUCUUGUAUAGUUUUUAGAUUUGGUCUCUUAUUACCAAAAAGCAUUAGUUUACUAUAUGUUAAAAUGAGAAUUACUUUUGUUGAGAGAAAAAAAACAAAACUUUUGGUUUUCAUAUUGAUAUUGUUAAUAUGCAAAUAAUUUUCUAUUGUUUACAUUUUUAUCAAGAAGAGAGACAUUGCAGUGCUAUAGGAUUUGCUCGCCUCAUUGCCUGUAUAUAUACUUUGCAGAUAGAAGCGUAUUUCUCAAAUGCUGUCUUUUCUUUGUAUCAUAACUUGACAACAUUUAAUUCAAUGUGCAUUUAAAAUGUUCAUAGAAUAAAUUUGAUAAGAUAAACGUGCGUCUCUUCAUGCUUUAAAGGUUUGAAUUGCAGUCUCAGAUUGCAGUUCUUCAGUAUCACGUCAUCUCAUAGCAGGAUUUAGUAGAGUUUACAGUCUUAGCAUGCUAUCGUGUGUUGUUUGUGGAUGUGUUUUCACAGAGGUGUUUAUCAAGACCAUUUUUUUCCAUUCGACUUGUGCUCCAUAUGACUUUUUCUGUGUGUCACAGUGGCCCCUGCCCAGAUAGCUGUACUUGUUUCACACCUUCUAUUUUUACCCCCAGCUUGAGAUGUCUUCACCUCAGGUAACCAGUCUUAAUAAGUUUGGAAUCCAGUGAUCUAUACAUUGGCAUUUGUGUUAUGGGGAUAAUUUAGCUUUCAUAAGCAUAUUCACUGAUGGGAGAAAGAAUAAUAUUGCUGACCGGUCUUGCUGUUCAGAAAUGUUUACUAGCACAAAAUCUUUUUUAAAACAUUACUAUUUGUAGAUAUUAUUUAGGUGAUAGUUGUUGUUCCCACAACUUUUGAGUAAAUCAGAAACUGAGACAGUAAAGUGUUUUGUGUGUGUGUGUGUGUGUGUGUGUGUGGUUAGCAGACUGUCAUCUGGCCAUCUC